AGCGCGUUGGCGGCAGCAGUUGCAAUUGCUACUACUUCUUCUUCUACAUACAACCAACACCAUUGCAUACUAAUUUUGAAAUAGCAAAUACAACUACCACUGCAUACUUCAUAAUCGUUUGCUUGGUGUCUUUUAUCUACAACAGCACCAAAUCGAAUUGCUGCAGCGCCUUAGUUGGCGGCUCCAAAGAAAGUGUUGCGAGUAACACCUAGUUGCAAACGCCCAACGAUAAACGCGUCGCAUUGCCAAACGUACGCGCAUCCAACGCGAACACGCUCCGCAGCGCAAUCGAAAUUUGCAAAAGCAUUGCAUUCAAAAUUUAUUGCUUCGUCCUUAACGUAUUGUUGCUGUCGCAGUCGUUGUUGUGUGUCUUGUCGUGUUGUGCCUUGCCGUAUCGUGCCGUGUCGUGCCAUUUUUCAAACCGUCUGGUGUCGUCCUUAUUGUAACUUUCCCAGCGCAAAGGAGUGCAAGUCCUGCGCUGCAUUAAACUUGUUUGUGGAUAAUUUUUAAGAAAGCACACUCACAGCCAUGGAUGAACUAUCCAAAGACCAAAUCGCAUUAUUGCGUAACGCCUUCAAUGCAUUCGAUGCCGAGAAGAAUGGCUACAUUAAUACCACCAUGGUUGGUACCAUUCUGAGCAUGUUGGGUCAUCAGCUGGAUGAUUCUAUGUUGGCUGAAAUUAUCGCCGAAGUCGAUGAGGAUGGUUCGGGACAAAUUGAGUUCGAAGAAUUCACCACAUUGGCCGCGCGUUUCCUCGUAGAGGAGGAUGCUGAAGCGAUGCAGGCCGAACUGAAGGAGGCAUUCCGUUUGUACGAUAAGGAGGGCAAUGGUUAUAUCACCACCGGAGUGUUGCGUGAAAUUCUACGUGAAUUGGAUGACAAAUUGACCAAUGACGAUUUGGACAUGAUGAUUGAGGAAAUCGAUUCUGAUGGUUCAGGAACGGUUGACUUCGAUGAAUUCAUGGAGGUCAUGACGGGCGAGUAAAGUGUGAAUAGGUGCAUAUAGGCGCAUAUA